AUGAUGCUAGAAGACAGUGGCACCCAGCGAGGCUUUUUCGCAGCCUCGCCGCCCGGCCUACCUUCCUUGUAUAGGCCUUUCCAGCCCGGUCUUGGCGUCCGAAUCACACAAUCAAAUUCUGCGCGCUUUUACAAGAAGAUCGCAUCCCAUACUGACCCUCAUCUAGUGCAGAUCUUCGUCAAGACCCUCACGGGCAAGACCAUCACUCUCGAGGUCGAAUCCUCAGACACGAUCGACAAUGUCAAAUCCAAGAUCCAAGACAAGGAAGGCAUCCCGCCCGACCAGCAGCGAUUGAUCUUCGCGGGCAAGCAGCUCGAGGAUGGCCGUACGUUGAGCGACUACAACAUCCAGAAGGAAUCAACGCUCCACUUGGUCCUUCGCCUCCGAGGCGGUAUUAUCGAGCCCUCUCUGAAGGCCCUCGCCUCGAAAUACAACUGCGAGAAGAUGAUCUGCCGCAAGUGCUAUGCUCGUCUGCCGCCCCGAGCGACCAACUGCCGCAAGAAGAAGUGUGGGCACACCAACCAGCUCCGCCCCAAGAAGAAGAUCAAGUAG